AUGCCAGCUUUUUCUGUCUGUUGCGAGAAGCCUUGCGCUUCUCCAUGCGAACACGAGCGAGAAGUGAAGCCUUGCUCGGUCUCCGACCUCUUUGCGCCCUCCGAAAACCCAGUACAUGAGAAAAGAGAGGACGGUAAUCUCGUCAGAGAGGCGGCACCGCUUUGCUCAGACAGCAGAGAGGAGGAGCGCUCCGACGUUGACGUCGCUCUCGAAGCUUUGCGCUUCUCUGUGUGCACCAAAGCGGCGCAGCGACGCGAGGGGGGGGACCAGUCGAGCACAGCAGAGGCCGCCGGAGACAACGAGAGGCGCCUGCAAAAGGUAGUGGACAAACAGGAGUUUUCUGGCGAGGACGUUCUUCCUCUCGAGGAAUUUCUACAGAUUUCGAACGGACGGACAGACGAAGUGCGAGAACGCCUUACCCGUACAGACAUCUACAGAUACGGCAGGGUGCCUUGGAGAGGCCAUACCCAGCCUUCCUCUCCCCCGUCCGAGUCCGCUGCCUCACCGUCUGCAUCUGCUCCUGAAGAAAUUCGAGAUGUUUUUGUUCUAGACGGCGUCUUCUCGACUGCCGAAUGCGAGUGGCUCCGGCGCCGCGUCGAGGAAGGCCCAACAUUCACGUACUGGGAUUCCACAGGCACUGCAAACUCCAAAUACAGAAGUGCCUAUACGGUUGAAAUCCACCAUCCUGGUCUUGCUGAUGUUAUUUGGGAGCGAAUCAAGGACUGGGUGAUUCGAGAAGUGACGAUCGAGAAGGACGACGAGGAAAGAGGCGAACGCGAUCUUGUCGGCGAUUGGAUUGCAUGUGGCGUGAAUCCUCAUCUCCUUUUUGCGAGACAUACGGCGGAUCCUCAAUUGAUUGUUGACUCCGUCGAGGCACUCGCCGGGCGGAUGCUCUUCUUCUACCACACGCAAAUGCAUGAAGGGCGCCGUGUUGGACCAGGCGCUUCCAAAUUCAUCAUUCGGACAGAUGUUCUAUAUCGGCGAAAAAUACCUCUUUUGACCACGCCGAAAGAUCAGGAGGCGUUCGCACUGUGGCAACGGGCAGAGCUGCUUGCGGAAGAGGGCCAGGCAGAUGAGGCCGCCGUGCUGUUUCGCAGAAGUGUCAAGCUCUCACCCGACUUGGCUGCAAUCUAUGGAAUGGCGUAA